AUGGAAUUCAGCUACCUCCAAGAAGAUUCAAAGAGCUCGAGCGACGAAAACAUCGACCGAUCAUCCGAUCAUGAUGAUCAUGACAUGGGAAUUGGUAGAUCCUAUGAGUGUGUGUUUUGCAAAAGAGGUUUCACAACUGCUCAAGCCUUAGGUGGACACAUGAACAUACAUAGAAAAGAUAGAGCAAACAAUAACAAAAGUGUCACUAAAACAAAUUUCAUUCCACCUAGUUCAAGCAAAUUAGUACUUGAUCAUCAUCAUCAUGAUAGCUAUGGAGAUCUUGGAUUUUACUCAACAAUUAAUCCACCUCAUGGUUAUUAUUCUUCUUCAAUUUCAUCCAAAACUACUGCUCCUGAGGUAGAUUCUCUUAACUAUCAUCAACUAUAUUUUCCUUCACAUCAUGUGCAAUAUAGUGAGAUGCUUUGUGUUGAAAAUCAAAGAAUGUUUGGAUCACAAGAUUGGAGGGGUUUGAGCUUGUAUACAAAUCCAUUGAUUAAAGACAAGAUAGAAAACAACAAUGAAGUGGAUGAAUUGGAUUUGGAGCUUAGACUUGGUCAUUAUCCAUAG